AUGGCUUCACCCAAAGCCCGACCCCACUUCGCGCCCACUCUAGAAGUUCACAUAUUUUUGGAACGUUUUUCUCCGAUUGCGGGUCAGGUGUAUGACUUUCUCUCCGCUAUCAGAGAGCCUUUCGGUUGUCCACUGUCCAGCUGCAAACAAAAUAUCAUUGAGGUGUGGAGGAUCAAUCACCGGUACCGCGUAACUGAUUUCUCCACGAAGUCCGUUACCGGCUUUCAAAAGGCGCGACUUUCUGGGAUUCCUUUUCUCGUGCACAAGCAUACUUUAAGCUACGGCAAUGUUAUGCCUGUUCUGAAACAUAACAAGUACAUUGUCGAAUUUAGUGAUGCCGCAAUCGGUAUUUGCUCUAAGAAAGUAUCAUUCGGGAGUACCGGGUUCCUUCUGCUCAAGCUGAUACAAGGCAAUGCUAUCGAAUUUGAUGCAUCAAGAUCAAUCAAGCACCCUGAACCGAACCUCUUACUUAUAUUGACGGUGUUGAUGGGGGUUGAAGACGUUUUACACGUCUUCUGGGUCGACAAAUAA